CAUGGUGGACUACUGAUUACUUUAUCCAAAAGCAUUUUAAUUUGUGAUUUCUGGCGUUAAAUCGAUACGUGAAUGAAAGCAUCAUGGACUGGAAAAGUGUUAAGAUUAUUUUGGCGUCUACGGCUACGGCAAUCGUCGCUUCCCAAGUAGCAAAAAAAGUGUACAGGUAUUUUUUCGACACAGGAAAAUGCUCUUCAGAAGAGAUUCAUGACGAAAUAUGCAAUGACGCUUUAAGCAAAAAUCGUGAAAUAAAUGAUGUGAUUUUAUUCUCGGACGAUGUCGUUCGUCACACUAUUCGAGUGACACCGAACAAAGAAAUAACAAUGUGUGAAAGUAGAGAACUCAAUUGCUUCAAACUUAUAAAAUAUAUAAAGUCAGCACGUGAAACACUGGACGUCUGUAUGUACUUAAUUACAAGCAGCCAAAUAGCCGAGCAGAUCAUUCGGCUGGGACAGAAGCACGUGUUGGUUAGAAUAAUCGUCGACAGUGACAUGGCGAACACACCGCCUUCGCAAAUAAAAAAGCUGAAAGAAUACAGUUUCAUUCAGGUGCAGACCAAUAAAAAAACAAUUUUGAUGCAUCACAAGUUCUGCAUAAUUGACGGUCCCAAAGCCGUUAAACGAAAGAAUAUUUUAAAAAUGUACGCGGAAAAGCUUAACGUGCACGCCCAGUUCAAAACUCUGAACGAGAAAAAGCAGCAUAAAAACAGGCCUGUCAAGGGUUUCGUGAUGUCGGGUUCUCUGAAUUGGUCCACCCAGGCUAUGGUUUCAAACCAUGAAAGUGUCAUAGUUACAUCUCAACAGAAUAUCGUUGGUAAAUUCGAGAAAGAGUUCGAAAGUUUAUGGGUGGAAGAUGAGCCGGCACUCCUUACGACCUCAUGACAACAUAUGACUAGAAUUGUAGCAGCAUAUAUAACAUAAUAGUUACCGAUUGUUCGACAUCCACGAUAAAUGCAUUAAUGAUGCAACACCACAUGUGCAGUGAAAUGUGCCAAAUAUUCAAUUCAAACGUGUACCGACACAACACAUGUGACGUGAAUGCUAAACAUAAAUUAUUGUUCAAAAUAUAUUGUGGAUGUAGACAGUUGUUCGAAUUUACGUGAAAAAUGUGUUUUUAAAAAGUGCGCUUUGGAUGCAGUGUUCACCGGUAGAUGGCGUUGUCGUCGUUGCUGAGCAAGUUGGGGUACUCGUUCCGCUAUUCUCCACUAGGUGGCGCUGGUAAGUUGAUUUCAUUUCUACACGAGGACAUCUUGGAGGUACAAAAUAUCAGCGUCGCUGUUCCUAACACUUGCAGCAAUGAUACGGCUCGGCUCAUCUACUGCAGCUUCCGCGGCAUUUUCUUUAUCUAUGUCCACCAGUUUAACUACAACAUUUUGUGUUGCAAUGAUAAGGUCGGUCACUUCAUGGUUUAUAUCAAGAUCAGGAACAGUUUUAAAUGCAGUCAACACUGAUCACCGAAUCCGCCUAUUUUCUCCCAUCUUUGUUAUUACGUGAUCUGUAUGACUGAAUUUGUCUCAGUUCCUUUAAAGAGCAGUUGAUUUGUAACACAAAUUGUUAAAACCUUUUUACCAUAAGACUGUUAUACAUUAUUGACAAUUGUAAGGGCCGGAUGAAAUCGGGAAAAUGCCAUCCUAGUUAGUAAGCCAAUGACUCCACCCUAUUGUGAUCUUUAUACCGUUUUUCCGAUUUCCGCCGAGCUCCUAACGUUCGCGCAUUACUUUUAUUUAUACAAUUUAUUUUUUAUAUUUUUCUACACAUUGGAUAUAAGUGUUGUGUCGUCUUCGUGUUUUGAAUUAUAUUGACUAACCAUUACUAAACAUUCUAACGCAUGACUUUUUAUUUUUACAAUUCCAACUCGCGAGUGUGCAUGACAAUGAUAAUGCUAAUUUUAAUAAUUUUAUAUUCAAUGUGUUUUAUCUCUUGUUUUUAGACAAGAUGCUAGACUUGACAUGCUUUUAUUUUAUAUUACAUUAUUUAAGAUAUUAUGAAUUUUAUUUGAUUAUGAAAUGUUUACUUCAACAAUAUGUAAUUAUAAUUAUUAAAUAUCAAUAUCAUCAUAAAUCAAUAUUAUUGUCGUACGCCAAUGCGUCAUAAAACUUGAUUUUAGGUUAAAAUUCAAUCGUUACUUAAAUUCGAGUUUUAGUAUUUGCAUGGCAAUACCCGGGAUUGCAUUUUAUGUUUUUUUAUGAUGAAAAAUUUGAUUAUGCAAUCUGUAAAAUUAAUUCAAAUUAUGAGUAAUUACUUAAUUCAGAAUUGUAAACAAUACUAUUAUAAAUCUUAAUAAAACAACGUUUCGGCAUGA